UGCGGAGCGUCCUGUCACUGUUGGAAAAUGGCUGCUCGGAGCAGCUCCCCAAAGCUCAGAGAAAACUGAGGGGAGGAAAAAAAAAAAGUCUGUUUUGAAGUCAAAAACAAACGCCCGUUUGACGUUUUCUAAACAGGCGACACAGGACAAAACUCGAGGAAGCCAAGCCUCGACUCUGAGGAUGUCUCGCUGGGUGCCCUCAAAGAAGGAAAAGUAUGGAGUUGCAAUCUAUAACUACGAUGCCCGGGGAGAAGAGGAGCUGUCACUGCAGAUCGGAGACACGGUGCACAUACUUGAGACAUAUGAAGCCUGGUACAGAGGAUACAGGCUGAGGAGAAAAUCAAAAAAGGGCAUAUUUCCUGCUUGCUACAUCCACCUAAAGGAUGCCACAGUUGAAGGCAGUGGGCAAAAGGAGACUGUUAUUCCCACUGAGCUGCCUCUGGUUCAGGAGGUUACAACAACGCUGCGGGAGUGGGCUACAAUAUGGAGGGACUUGUAUGUGGGGGACAAGCGCGAGAUGUUCAACUGUGUCCGUGACAUGAUCUACGACCUCAUCGAAUGGCGGUCACAGAUCCUGUCUGGCACCCUCCCGCAGGACGAGCUCACUGAGCUCAAACAGAAGGUCACCUCCAAGAUAGACUACGGCAACAAAUACUUGGACCUUGAUCUGGUGGUCAGAGACAAAGAUGGAAACAUUCUGGACCCGGAGCUCACCAGCACCGUCAGCCUAUUCAGAGAACACGAGGCGGCCUCCAAACAAAUUGAGGACCGGAUCCAAGAGGAGAAGUCUCAGAAGCAGAAUAUUGAUCUCACGAGGCAAGCAAAGUUCGCCUCCACUCCGGCAUUCGCCCUCUUUGUGACUCUGAAGAAUGUCGUGUGUAAGAUUGGCGAGGAUGCAGAGGUGCUCAUGUCCCUGUAUGAUCCAGUGGAGUCAAAGUUUAUCAGUGAGAACUACCUGGUGAAAUGGUCGAGCUCCGGCCUGGUGAAAGACAUCGACCAGCUUCAUAACCUGCGGGCGGUUUUUACGGACUUGGGCAGUGAAGAUUUAAAGAGAGAGAAGAUCAGUUUUGUGUGUCAGAUUGUCAGAGUGGGACGUAUGGAGCUGCGGGACAACAACACCAAGAAGCUGACUUCAGGCCUGAGAAGACCCUUUGGAGUAGCAGUAAUGGAUGUUACAGACAUCAUAACAGGCAAAAUGGACGACGAGGACAAGCAGCACUUCAUCCCAUUCCAGCCGCUGGCGUUGGAUGAUGCCAUUCGCCACAAGCAGCUGAACAUCUCCCGUUUUUCACCCAGGGUGGCAGGGGAGAACGACUUCCUGCAGACGGUCAUCAACAAAGUUAUCACCGCCAAAGAAGUCAAUCACAAAGGCCAAGGUCUUUGGGUGACUCUGAAGCGACUUCCAGGAGACAUCCAUCAGAUAAGGAAGGACUUCCCUCACCUGGUGGAUCGAUCGACGGCUGUGGCUCGAAAGAUGGGCUUCCCCGAGAUAAUCAUGCCAGGUGACGUCCGAAACGACAUCUACGUGACUCUGGUUCAGGGGGAUUUCGACAAGGGGAGUAAGACGACACCCAAAAACGUUGAGGUGACCAUGUCCGUUUACGAUGAAGACGGCAAGAAACUGGAGAAUGUGAUCUUUCCCGGCGCUGGAGAUGAAGGGAUCAACGAGUACAAGUCUGUCAUCUACUACCAAGUAAAGCAGCCGAGGUGGUUUGAAACGAUAAAGGUUGCGAUCCCCAUCGAAGACGUAAACCGAAGCCAUCUGCGGUUCACCUUCCGCCAUCGCUCAUCGCAGGAUUCCAAAGAUAAAUCAGAGAAAAUCUUUGCCUUGUCUUUCGUUAAACUCAUGCGGUAUGAUGGGACCACUCUGAGGGAUGGAGAGCAUGAUCUCAUUGUGUACAAGGCAGAAGCUAAGAAGCUGGAGGAUUCCACCGUUUACCUAAGCCUUCCCUCCACUAAGCUGGAGCUGGAGGAGAAGGGUUACGCCACCACUGGCAAAAACUCCCAGAACCUUGGGACCUGCACCAUCAGCAARGACUCUUUCCAGAUCGCCACCCUGGUCUGCUCCACCAAACUGACGCAGAACGUCGACCUGCUCGGCCUGCUGAAGUGGCGCUCCAACACCAGCCUCCUGCAGCAGAACCUCUGUCAGCUGAUGAAGGUGGACGGUGGUGAAGUCGUGAAGUUUCUGCAAGACACUCUGGAUGCUCUCUUCAACAUAAUGAUGGAAAACUCUGACAGUGACACUUUUGAUACAUUGGUGUUUGAUGCCUUGGUGUUCAUAAUUGGACUUAUAGCAGACAGAAAGUUCCAGCACUUUAACCCCGUACUUGAAACCUACAUUCGCAAGCAUUUCAGUGCUACACUGGCUUACACGAAACUGACCAAAGUUCUGAAGAACUACGUGGAGAACGCUGAGAAGCUGACAGAACAGCUGCUGAUGGCCAUGAAGGCUCUGGAAUACAUCUUCAAGUUCAUUGUGCGCUCCAGAGUUCUCUUCAACCAACUAGAUGAAAUGCAAGGAGAAACUGCAUUCGAUUUUCAGUUUUUGUCACUGUAUGAUCAGACGGGACCGAUCCAGUGAACAUUGGUCCAAAUAUUUGUCUUAUUUAGGCUAAUUUUUCCUUUGCUUCAUCUCUUGAAGGGUGCUGCCUUAAAGUACAUUCCCACUAUUGUCAAUGAUGUCAAGCUGGUCUUUGACCCCAAGGAACUGAGCAAGCUGUUCACAGAGUUCAUCCUGAAGGUCCCCCAGGGUCGCCUGGUGAAACAGAAGCUCGACUGUCUGAUUGACAUCGUCCACAGCGAUCUCUUUACUCAUCACGAUUGCCGCGAGAUCCUCCUACCGCUGAUGACRGAACAGCUGAAGUCCCACCUGGAGAAGCAGGAGGAGCCGAAGGCUUGCUGCCAGCUGCUCAGUAACAUCAUGGAGGUGCUUUACAGGAAGGACGUGGGUCCCACCCAGUGGCAUGUUCAAGUUAUCAUGGAGAAGCUGCUGAGGACAAUAAACAGGACAGUCAUCUCCAUGGGCCGGGAUUCUCCUCACAUCGGCAGCUUUGUGGCCUGCAUGACUGCCAUCCUGAGACAGAUGGAUGACUAUCAUUACGGUCAUCUAAUCAACACUUUUGGCAAGAUAAGAAGUGACGUGGUGGAUUUCCUUAUGGAAACAUUUAUUAUGUUUAAAAAUCUCAUCGGGAAAAACGUCUACCCCUCGGACUGGAUCAUAAUGAACAUGAUGCAAAACAAGGUUUUCCUUCGGGCUAUUAGCCAGUACGCAGAUGUGUUGAGCAAGAAAUUUCUGGAUCAAGCCAACUUUGAGCUACAGCUGUGGAACAACUACUUCCAAUUGGCCGUGGCCUUCCUCACCCAGGAGUCGCUGCAGCUGGAAAACUUCUCGAGCGACAAAAGAGCCAAGAUCUUCCACAAGUACCAAGACAUGAGGCGACAGAUCGGCUUUGAAAUCAGGGACAUGUGGUACAAUUUAGGCCCCCACAAGAUAAAGUUCAUCCCUGAUAUGGUGGGUCCAGUUCUGGAGAUGACCCUUGUUCCCGAGAUCGAGCUGCGAAAGGCCACCAUCCCCAUCUUCUUUGACAUGAUGCAGUGCGAGUUUCACUUCACGUGCGGCUUCCAGCGGUUUGAGAACGAGAUCAUCACCAAGCUGGAUCACGAGGUGGAAGGGGGCCGAGGAGACGAGCAGUACAAAGUUCUCUUUCAGAAAAUUUUGUUGGAGCACUGCAGGAAGCACAAAUACCUGGCCAGGACGGGAGAAAUCUUUGUCACUCUGGUGGUGCGACUCCUGGAAAGGCUGCUGGACUACAGGACCAUCAUGCAUGACGAGAACAAGGAAAACCGCAUGAGCUGCACCGUCAAUGUUCUAAACUUUUAUAAGGAGAUAGACAGAGAGGAGAUGUACAUCAGGUACCUGUAUAAGCUGUGCGACCUCCACAGAGAGUGCGACAACUACACAGAAGCUGCCUACACCCUGCUGCUGCACGCAAAACUGCUCAAGUGGUCAGACGAGCAAUGCGCGGCCCACCUGACCCAGAGGGAAGGUUACCAGGCCACAACUCAAGGACAGCUUAAGGACCAGCUCUAUCAGGAGAUUAUUAAUUACUUCGAUAAGGGCAAGAUGUGGGAGGAGGCGAUUUUGUUGAGCAAAGAACUGGCUGAACAGUAUGAGAAUGAAAUGUUUGACUUUGAGCAGCUUAGUGCAUCCUUGCGGAAGCAAGCUCAGUUCUAUGAGAACAUAGUGAAGGUCAUCCGGCCCAAACCGGACUACUUCGCUGUGGGCUACUACGGAAUGGGAUUCCCGUCCUUUCUGCGGAACAAAAUGUUCAUGUACCGUGGGAAGGAGUACGAGCGCAGAGAGGAUUUUGAAGCACGGCUGCUCACACAGUUUCCCAACGCAGAGAAGAUGAAGACCACCACGCCRCCCAGCGAGGACACAAAAAGCUCCUCUGGACAAUACAUUCAGUGUUUCAAAGUGAAGCCCAUUCUCAACCUUCCGGCCAAGUUUCAAAACAAGCCUGUGUCGGAACAAAUUGUCAGCUUCUACACAGUGAAUGAAGUCCAUAAAUUCCAGUAUUCCAGGCCGGUGAGGAAGGGAGAAAAGGACCCCGACAAUGAAUUUGCGAACAUGUGGCUUGAGAGGACCACGUACACRACCGCGUACAAGCUUCCCGGCAUCCUGCGCUGGUUCGAAGUCAAAUCAGUCUCCACGGAGGAGAUCAGCCCUCUGGAGAACGCCUUGGAAACGAUGCAGCUGGCCAAUGAGAAGAUCAGCAGCAUGGUGCAGAGGCAUCUCAGUGAUCCCAACCUUCCCAUCAACCCUCUCUCCAUGUUGUUGAAUGGGAUUGUGGACCCUGCUGUCAUGGGAGGUUUUGCUAACUAUGAGAAGGCCUUCUUUAAUGACAAGUACAUGCAGGAGCACCCAGAGGACCACGAGAAGAUAGAAAAACUGAAAGACCUCAUAGCCUGGCAGAUCCCACAUCUCGCUGAAGGGGUUCGUAUUCAUGGUGAGAAGGUUACCGAGGCGCUGAGGCCCUUCCACGAUCGCAUGGAGGCUUGCUUCAAACAGCUGCGAGAGAAGGUGGAGAAACAGUAUGGUGUUAGGAGUCUGCCGUCAGGUGACGAGCGACGUGGCCCUCGUCCUCCCUCCAUGGUGCGCUCCUUCACCAUGCCCUCCUCCCAGAGGCCGCUGUCCGUGGCUUCAGUCGCCUCUAUCUCUUCUGACAACUCCCCGUCCAGGCCUGGAUCUGAUGGCUUUGCCUUGGAGCCCCUUCUACCAAAGAAGCUGCACACGAAGUCUCAGGACAAAUUGGACCGGGACGAACCAGAAAGGGACCGCAAAGAGAGGAAGAAGGAGAAGAGGAAYAGCAAGCACCAAGAGAUUUUCGAUAAAGAACUCAAGACAGCAGAGAUUCAACUGCAGCCACCCGAAGCUGUCAUACUCUCAGAGACGAUCAGCCCCCUGCGGCCUCAGAGACCAAAGAGUCAAGUUCUCAACCAGAUGGCUGGCGAUCGGCGUCUUUCUGUCUCACCAGGACCUCCUCCUUCCUCCACUUCCAACUCCUUACCUGGUCCCCCACCCAUUGCACCGAGGAACAAAUCCACCUUUAGCCUGAACGCUGUUUCAAGUCUGGAGCUGAACGGGAUGGGCUGCAACGACAAGGGGGAGACCCCUCCUCCCCUGCCGUUGAAAGGCAGCACAGGAGAUUACGGCAACCUGCUAGAUAAUCAAGACUUGACGAGUCCCUCGACGCCUCCCCCGCCCCCACCUCAUCAAAGACACGUUCCACCUCCUCUUCCUAGCAAGACCCCACCUCCUCCUCCUCCCAAGACCACCAGGAAACAGGCCUCCAUCGAUUCAGGAAUCGUACAGUAAACAAAGACACUGACAGAAAGACCAAACAGCACACUGACAACAAAACAAAAACAUCAACAGUAAACGUUCCCACGGAAAAAGAGAAAGGAAAAAAGAAGGUUGCUCUCACCCACACAUCCCUCGCUCCCCGUCCCAGCUUGACAAGAUGAAUACCUCACCGCCGCCCGCCCCCUCUUAUCGUCCUUAAGUCUCUCCGUUAGUCUUUCCGUCUCCUGUUUGAUGCCGUCUCCAGCAGGGAGCGCGUUUCACAGAUGAAUAGUCACUGAACUUGUAGAUGCGGUCUACAACCACCACUUUGCCACUUUGCGCCUUUUUUUCUUUUUUUUUUUUUUAUCAUGACAUGAGAUUGUGCUCAGACAAGAUAAGCUGGGACCAGCAGCUUCUCAGCACUGACCCACUCUCAAUUAAAUGAGAGCAAAAAGUUCAUUAAAGCAUUAUUCCUGUCUCUGUUAUUCAUAUUCCCUCCCACUAUGUACAGAGGUAUGUAUAUAUUAUGUUAUUUUAUUUCAGGUCUCUUUGUACGUUUUUUGAUCAUGACUUUUGUUUUUUGUAUUAACGCAUCACUAGAUUAGUGGCAUUUAAGUAUGAAACAAGAAAAUGGCUUGUAGGUUUGGAUUGACAGGGAUUUUGAAGAACCUAUCAUGAAUUUUAUCGGUAAAAUAUCUGGAGUGCACAUCCUGCUAACUCUUAUUCCAUAUAUUCAMGCAUCAUUGUUUAGACCAUGUCCCUGAUUGCUGUAACCUUGGAUUUCAAUAACAUUGACUGUUUCCAGUUCACUACUGACAUGACUUCUGAAUAAACUUUCAAAUGUAUGUAUUUUUAAAAAGGAGA